CUUGUCCUCUUCUUGAUUCUGUCGUUUGCCUGGAUACCUUGUACACCAUUCCACAUCUCUUUCACUCCCCUCUUGAGUCUCCAACUUCGUUUACCGAGUUUCCUUUCCUGCGUUGUGUAACGGAACACGAGUGUAAGCCUUGUUUACCCUUGUGUGUCUUGUGUAACGGAACAUACAAGUGUGAGCCUUACACUGUGUACCUGUCGUUCAAACCUCUUUACCUGUCUAUCCCUUCAGCGACAUCAAUUUCUCCUUUCCAUCCCUCCUCGUUGAUCAACAAGAUCAAAGCCCGCACCCAUAUUUUAUGACGCAAGGAGCUUGAAUUUCAAUAUUCCAACACCAUUUCUUCAUCGUCUACCUCUCAACCCAUUGCUGGGGAAGGAGGAGGAAAAAGUGAAGCAGGAGAGAAUUUGACUGAUUGGACUAUUGUGCCCAGAUCAGAACGUGAAGUCAUAGCGCAACUCGAGCUAUCCGAUAACGCCGACCCAUCCCUUUCUACAGUUUUGAAAUCUAUCGACCUUACUGCGCCACGCAAAUAUAACGUGGAUAAUCACGACCCUUAUAAAAAGAUGCCAACCGCAGCUCUGAGGAUUGUUUAUUCCUCCACUCGUCGGACUCCUAUCAAAUCUCCGACCUACGACACCUUUGUAACCCCAUCUCCUGCAUAUGCGGCGUCAAACUCGACACCCAAUUACAACGUACCCAGCCCGAGCGCACAAGGCUCUAUCCCCAUUUCUAACGUAGUAACUACACCUUUUCGUCGUCCUCGGCCCCCUCUGGGUAUCCCAGAAUCGCCAUCUAUCAUCCUAACCCCUCCUGACGACGAGCUACCAGUCCAGACCGUGAAACACAAAUCUCACAUUCUCCUCCUGCAUACCCCUUCUCGCCCGUAUUCAAACUUACCUUUCAGCUCCCUUGAACGGUUCUUGCAAGUCGUAAUACUGGUUUUGAGACUAAUUGGCGGGGCUCUGGAUGGGUCAGUAUCUGCUUUGGAGGUGACAAGGAGGUUGAUCCAGAAAGUUGUGGUUGCUCGAAGGGCAUCGCGGGUUCCCAAGGCCACGAGGAUUGAGUAUGCGCAGAAGCCUGCUGAACAUCCUUUUAUCCCUGGCAGCUAUCCCUGCGCCGCCCGCGUUCCUCAUCUCGCUACUUUUCGCUUCGGAGUCAAUCUUGCCGAUUACCCUCUCAUCCUGUUUCGCAUAACAGACCAUCUCGAGCCGCUUUUAGCUUGUCGACUCAAUAAACUGUGCUAUGAUCGGUAUGUUGGGCUAAUUUACCAGUGUUUGGUAAUCAAAGGAGGUCUGGUUGAUGGGUUGCUCAAAGGGUUUGCUAGGGCAAAAACAGAGGAUGAAGAUGGGAUUGGCGAUAGGGGUGGGGAGAGAAAAGUGAAGGCAAUGAUGAUGGCCGAGAAAAUCAGUAUAAAGGAUGCGCAAGGUAUGAGAGAGCUGCUUCAAGUCCUCAAGGAAAGGAAGGACCGUCAUGACCUUGGCCAACCAUCAAACAACUCGAAACCGCUUUUCGGAAAUGUCAAGAUUGCCCAUUUCGGAAAACAACUGAUCAAUGACAUCGCCUUCAACCAAUCAAGCUCAAGCUCCAAAGUGUUGCCGUCGGCCCAAGCAAUCAAGAACUAUUGGACACCAUUCAUCAAGACCUUUUUCACUUACAUAAGAUUCGGAUCCAGAGACGGCCCUAACUUAGGAAACGUAUCCUUCUGCUUCGAUCUGACGAACUCACCAGACGUCUACCGGCGGCAUGGAGCCUACGAUUGGACGGAUACGGGAACUUCCUGUGCAGUGGAUAUGCUGUGCUCUGCAGCGAUGGACUCGGUAUCAGCAACAAAGGUCAAAGUGAUGGAAGUAAAAAUUCAUCUGUCAUUCGACCUUUUCGCGCCUAUCCCGAUCAUCCCCUUCCCUCACACACUCUCUCUCCUCUUCCAACCCUUUUCCCUGCCUUCUUCAUCUUCUUUCCCCUCACCUUCACCCCGGAUCCCUCCUGUUUCAUCUAAACAUCAAGGCCUGGCGUUCGCGAACACAUUCGUAAUCAUAUACGAUCUCGACGUCUCUGGACGUGUCGGCCCCAGACAAUACAUCCGACCCAUGUGGCUUCAUUUUUGUAUCGCUUGGAAUUGUUAUCAUCUAUCGAACGGUAGCGGUAAAGACGGGGGCGGGGUAAUGGUUAGGUACGUUGUGCCUAGACGAACCAAAUUCGAUCAAUCGUUAGAAACAUUCUGGGAAGAAGAAGGCAAAGAGCGAUGGACGGAGGAGAGGUGGGAAGCGUUCAAGAAGUGUUUGAUCACGCGUACCGAGGGUACCAGGCAAAGGGAGAUGGGGUGUGGGUAUAAGUAAAAUGGAAGUGAUGUUUAUUAUUCUGUAUGGUUACGGCCAUAUUGGUCACAUUGCUAACCCCAUCAUCUCCGUCGUUCUUAGUAUCGUGUUGCAGUAUCCUCCAGUGUUUUCGAUAUCAAUAGUCGAUAGUCGAUAUUACAUGUAUGAAUGCAUCACGCAUUGGGUC